AAACUAAACUGUGCAAUGAAGUCGAUGUCCUUUUUCGUCGUUUUAGUUCCGAGUGUUAUCAUCAUCGUUGUUCAUGGUUUCUCAACGACGCUUGAAGGUCCGUUUAAGCCCGAGACUGCUUCACUCGACCCGAAUCUUAACCCGGUUGCAUUCGACUUGCCAGAAUCCGACCCGAGUUUCGUAGAACCCAAUUCGAAGUUUCUUCGACCCGAACAGAUCUCUGUCUCUCUUUCGUACAGCUUUGACUCCGUCUGGAUUUCUUGGGUCACUGCAGAGAAAUUUCAAAGCGGUUCUGUACAAAGCAUAGUCCAAUACAGUGAAUUCGAUGUCGUUUCUAGAAACAAAACUGCAAAAGGCCAUUAUCUUGUUUAUAACCAAGAUGGAAAUGGUCUCAAGAACUAUACUUCAGGGAAAAUCCAUCAUGUUCAACUCACAGGUCUUAAACCAAAGACACUGUAUCAAUACCGAUGCGGAGACCCUUCUUUAUCAGCAAUGAGCAAAGAGCAUUACUUCAGGACAAUGCCAAAGUCUACAUCCGAGGAUUACCCGCACAGAAUCGUUGUUGCUGGAGAUUUGGGUCUUACUUACAACACAUCAACUGUUUUGACUCAUAUUCUCUCUAACCAUCCUGAUCUUGUGGUUUUAAUCGGAGGGUUUAGCUACGCUGAUACAUAUCUCGCUAAUAAGACCAAACUAGAUUGCAGUUCUUGUCAGUGUGACCAAGAAACCAGUUCUUAUUGCGAUUCUUGUUAUAACAGUCGAGAAAGUUAUCAGCCUCGCUGGGAUUACUGGGGAAGGUUCAUGGAGUUACUUACGGCUAAUGUUCCAACCAUGAUGGUAGCUGGAGAGCACGAGAUUGAGCCGCAGAACAAUAAUAAUCUGACAUUCGUUGCAUACAGUUCAAGAUUCUCAUUCCCUUCAAAUGAGAGCGGAUCUUUUUCUCCAUUAUACUAUUCCUUCAAUGCGGGAGGAGCUCAUUUCAUAGUGCUCAAUUCAUACACACCAUAUGAUAACUCAUCUGAUCAGUAUGUUUGGCUUGAAAGUGACCUGAGAAACAUAAACAGAUCAGAAACUCCAUGGGUGGUUGCAACUUGGAGUCUUCCUUGGUACAGCACAUUCAAAGGGUAUUACAGAGAAGCUGAAUCCAUGAGGACAAAUCUAGAAGAUUUGCUCUAUAGCUACCGAGUCGAUAUCAUCUUCAAUGGUCAAGUUGAUGCCUAUGAGAGGUCAAACAGAGUCUACAACUACACAUUGGACCAAUGUGGUCCGGUUUAUAUCACAACCGGUGCAGGAGGAGGUGGGAAGCUGGAUAUUGAACAUGCAGAUGACCCAGGAAACUGUCCAGACCAUUCUCAGAAAAACUCUGUUGGAUCCUGCGGCUUUAACUCCACAUUAGGACAUGUAAACGAUGAGUUUUGCCCUGUUAGUCAGCCAGACUAUAGCGCGUACAGAGAGAGCAGCUUUGGUUUCGGCAUGUUAGAAGUGAAGAAUGUAACGCAUGCAUUGUGGAGCUGGAACCGGAAUCAAAACUUUUACUAUAUCGCCGCAGACAUUAUAUAUAUUGUACGUCAGCCUGACAUCUGUCCGGUUUAUACCUAAACCAAGUAGUUAUACCGGUAGAUUUUGUAACGUUUUACGGUUUACCGAGCCAUCAUUUAUAACUUGGCUUAUUCGUUAGAACUAGAACGGACCUAAAAAUU